UUUAAUUCCAAAAAAGUUGUGUAAACGAAUAUUUAAAAAAACACAUCAUCACAUGGAGCACCAUUACCAUUACUAGAAUUCAUACUAUUCUAGCUCACCAUAUGAACAACAAAGUGCAAAAUACAUUGAAGCAGCACAGAAAAAACGUCCCCUAAAAAGACACCAAUAAAGCCCGAGAACGUAACCAAACAGCACUUACAUAAGCAAGCGGCCGAAUGGAGCUCAUCACUCCUUGCCAGCGACAUUUUAAAAACGACCAACGACAACUCCUGCAACGGCGGCAACAAAGUCACACUCCCUACCACCCACCUCCUCGGCGUCAACAACAUACGCCAAUGGCGACGCUUUCCAGUCCUCACCAACUUCCUACCGCCAACGUCGGUCGUCUUUGUCAAUUCUUAGUUUUUGCCUCCGUGUUGGUUGGCGACUCUUUUGCAUUUCUCAGCCUUGUUGUUGUUACUCUUGAUUAGGUGGUGGUGUGAUGUGGGUUUUUUAUUCCUUUACUCGCUGCUCAGCCGCUGCGCUGCCGCCGCCACUGUCACUGCUGCUGUCGCAGUUGUCGCACUGGCAUUUUUAUGGAGUUUUUUCGUCGUCUCUCUUCGUAAUUUUGUCGUCCAGUGUCAUUGGCUGAGUCGUAUUCGCCGAUGUUUGUGUUGUUUUAUUGUUGUGUUUUAGUAGGUGGAUAUAUGGCAAAGCCCUUGUCGGGCGCUGAACAUUGGGAUCUGGUAGCCGUGUUAUGGGUGUUAUGUAUUUCAGUUUCGUGAAUAGGCAGGGUGUGUAUAUGUGUUUGAGUGAGGUCUUAUAAGAGUGCGAAUGCGGGCAAUUUGCAUCCAUGUGUGUGCGCACAUGUGUGUGUUUGCAGGCGUGCUGAACAAAUAUAUGGAGGAAUAUGCAAGCGCCUGUGUGUGGUGGUGAAGCAUUUGCCAGUGCCACUGAGUGUAUGUGUGUGCAUGUGUGGGUCUCGGCGACUCUGGUCGGGUAUUGUACAAAAGUCGCAAAUUCAAUGGCGACACAGCAGCGAAGAUGACAACGACAACGACAAAUUGGCGACGAGAAUAAGAACGACGAAACGAUAAUGUUGCCGAUGACCGCCGUAUUUGUUGUUGCACUUGUUGUUAAUAAUGCCUGCUGGCAAGUUUUCGAGUUUCGCUUCCAACUACGGCAGUGGCGUGCAGAAUUCCGCGAACCACAUGCUGAGAACUGGAAAUAUAAAAAAUAUUGAUAAUAAGCCUAGAAUAAAGUGAAAAUCAAUCUAAAACUACAUUGAAAUGAAAGUACACACAAAGCCAUGUAUGUAUAUACAUACAUAUAAUAUAUAAAAAUGUGUGCAUAUACAUAUGUUCGCUUGGCUUUCGGAUAUAGAUCUACUGCUGACGCUUCAUUUGAAAAUCUCAGUGCUGUGAUUUGAUUAGUUUUUUAUUGAAGAAAAUAAUAAUAAUUAGAAAAAGAAUAACGUUAUCCCGCUAAACUGGCAACUAAUGCCACAGUACUGAAGCUCAGCGAUUAUUGUGUUGAAAAGUGAAAACAACUGAAACAGCUCAGCAGCGGAAUUCCGUUUUCUAACAUUGCUCAACUUUGGAGAUAUAAACACGGGUUCCUUGAACAGAUUUUAUCAGCACUGCAACUGAACCUUGAAUUUCCUUAGCUGCGAGAGGCGUCCGAUUCGCCAUGCCGAAUCCGUGCGCUUUGGUGUAUUCGACUUGCAUAUUCAGCGACUGCGACUGCUUCUGUAAAGGCAACGACCUAGGUAACAUCGGGGGGCGAGAUCUUCUAGUCUUUACUACAACUGCUAAUACGCUAAUCUGCGCAAAACGGCGACUUAAUGAAUAUUAAUCAGGAAAAUUGCAACAACGGAUUCCAGCAGCGACCUCCAGAGCACCAAUAUCCGCCAACACAACACUAUUCGCUUUCACUACAGCCGACGCUACAUCAUUCGGUAUCUGCUGCUGCCGUAGCCGCCAUCGAUACCGGACCGCACUCGCUCUCGACCAACCCACAGCUGCAAGACCUGGAGCUUGAAUAUUUGAAGAAGGCGCACGCUCACGCUCAAGCUCAUGCUCAAGCACAGGCCGCCGCUCUUGUUUACAACUACGAGCGACAGCAGCACCAAGCGCUAGGGCGACGUUCAAGUGCCGAUCACGAGUUUCCCAUUAAGCGAAACACCCAUCAUAAGCAUAAUUUAGCAAUAACGACGUCAGCUUCUAUGGUUAUGUCACCGAGUCGACGUCCGUCGCCGCCGCAUGCAGUUGCGCAUCCCCUGAAUAUACAUAUGAGUUCUUUGGCGCAUGCGCAGAUGCAGCUUCAGUCCCAGUUGCAUCAAAAGUUUUCGGCAGCAGUUGCCGGUGGCAACAACCUGACGCCGACAAAUCAUUUGACCACUUACUUUCGAAACCAGACUUCCCCAGCUUGUGGCAUACCGCCCUUGCCUCCACUCCCACCAACUUCCAGCGGUAGCACAGCAAACACGCAGCAGCAACACUCACCAGCGAAUUCAGUCAACGCGAGUGGGAGUAGCCCUGGUGGCAACCUUCAGCAAUCAGCUAAUUCAAAGUCUUCGCACAAUCAGCACAACCCGCUAAGUCACUUGCAGAGCAUGCAACCAUUCGACUUUCGCAAGAUCAGUUCGGCAGCUUUUGGAGCUAUGCCAUCGCUGCCGCCAGCACGCAUGAGUCCCAACGAAAUUGCACAUCAUCAACAUUUACAGCAGCAAGCAGCUCAGCAAGCCGCAAUGCUAGCGCAAGCACGUCGUCGCAUAAAUGAAGCUUGCACUCCAUCAGAGAAGAAUGCCGCGGUCGCAGCAGCUGCCGCUGCAGCAGCCCAAAGUAACCAGUUCUUCAAUGCGAUGGCUAUAUCGGGACAUCCGUUGCCUUUUCCUUUACCUCCACCGCCCCCACUACCUACGCACGGGCCGCAGGGCACAUCGCCAUCGAGUGUGCCGUCAGCAUCUAGCUUACCACCGGGUUUAACUAGUAACCAAGUGGCAGCUAUAGCGGCAGCGGCUGCAGCUUCUGGCAACCCAAUGCCUCACAGUCUUCUGGCAUCACAUUUUCCCACUAUGAAUCCUGUCCUCAACAUGGGAAAGCCACCAUCCGUACGAUCUAAAUCUCCAGAAACUGAAGAAUCGAAGCAUACGUUACAUCGGUCAGAUAGCGGAAAUAUGGGCCAUCUACGCGAAGGUGCGGCACAUGCGCAACACCCAAACUCUAAUCGUCAUCAUCAUCAUCCCGUAACGCCACCCAUUUCCAUAGGCUCCACCGCCAUCUCUAGCUCAUACCAAAGUCAACAUCAUGAAGCCCGUCAAUCGCGUUCAAGCCAAAUGGAACACUCGUCCUCUCACUCCUCACAGCGACUUACACGAUUUUCUGCCAGUUCUAGCCUACGACCCGGACGAAAAUCUCAUUCACCGGGCAAACGUCAAUGGGGUACAUUGCCUGCUAAUUUGGGAACACAAUUUAUCAACCCAGUUACCGGCAAGAAACGUGUACAAUGCAAUGUCUGUUUAAAGACUUUCUGCGACAAGGGCGCGCUGAAAAUACACUUUUCAGCUGUACACUUGCGUGAAAUGCACAAAUGCACGGUUGAUGGGUGUAGUAUGAUGUUUAGUUCUCGUCGGUCUAGAAACCGUCACAGCGCUAAUCCGAAUCCGAAGCUACAUUCUCCUCACCUUAGACGCAAAAUAUCACCCCACGAUGGACGUACCGCCCAACCGCACCCACUACUAUUACAACCACCCAAUGGACUAAUGGCUGGUCUCAAUCCAUUCGGCACUUUUCCGUUACUGACACCACCGCCCGAUAUGAGACACCAUCAUAUGGCCAGCAUGCAUGAUAUGAAGCAUGGUUCAGCUGAAUUAAUGCAUCGCUCUUAUAUGGACAAUGCAAUGUUGGGGCAGUACAAUACACGAUCUCGCCACCGCCAAGACAGCGAAAGUCAUUUAGAGGAUGACGAGGACGACAGCAUUUUGGAUGGGGGCAUUCACAUAGGAGAUGAUGAUGACGACGACGACGAUGACGACGACGGCGAGGGUAUAGUAGUGGUGGGAGAUGAAGCCGACAGUAUUUUAGAGAAAACGAACUCAGAGGACUACAACACUGAUGGCGAUGGAGAUGGCGACGAAGCUACCGACAUAGGUGAAAAUAGUCACGAUAUGGAUCUCACCACAUCUACACCUACAACGACUGACUAUAAGCAAAAAACCAAAGAUGCAUCAUCCAAUAAAGAACAAGGCGCUGACUGUGGCAUGGUCGUUGAGUCUGGUGUAACAGAUCAACACAGUAGCGAGAGUAACGAUGACUCUUUGAGUGUUGCGGACUCCUUCAGUAUGCGCGGUGAUUACGAAAGCUAUGCAUUUCCGGGCAUGGGCAGUGGAGGUAGUAACAGUACCGCAAACACACCAAGCUCAACGUCAAACAAAAGAAAACGUAAAAGUCAGAACCCAGUUCGAUGUACAGUGCAAUCUGAUGAAAAUUCCUGUGAUAACUCUACUGAAUUCGAUGUAGCCGCCGAUUUAUCACUGAAAAAAGCUUCACCAAAAACCCCUUUUGCGAAUAAGGAAAACAAGGCUGAUAGUUCAAAAGAGAAUAUAUCUUUAGAUUUAUCAAAACGAACUCGAAAAUCUCAAAGUCCUGAACCACCCAUAGCUAACUCAAAUCCCAGUGAGAGUACGAAAGUACUUCCAUCGCCACCGCUAACACCAUCAACAUCGAUUAGUGAACCUACAUCAUCGGCACGCCCACAUCUAUUGCCCAGCACACAGCUGAAAUCGGAGCCAAUCGACGAAGAGUACGAACAACAACUAGAUAAUCAGAAUGGCUCCAACACAAUAGCAGCUCAAGAACAAGAGCACUCAUUAGACUUAUCAGCCAGCAAUAAGCGAAGUUCGGAGCAUGUGGUGGAUCCACCAGUUUCGAAAACCAAAAGUUCAGAUGAUAAUGAGAAACUAAUUACCUCGAUUAAGCAGGAACAAAUAGAAGAAGAACAUACAGUAACAGCCACAAAUGCAAAUUCGAAUCGAAAUGAACACUGUUCAGUGAGGAUAAAAAGUGAGCUGGUCGAAGAGGAGAGCAAAUUGGACAUAUCAACCACGGAAGCAGCAUGUCAAAUCAAAAACAAUAACAAUAAUGCCUUACAAUCAAAUGCGGGCACCAAGUGUAGGGAGAAAUACGACAUCCCAACUGCGCCAACCGAUUCCCUGCACCAACAAACCAACCAAGAAACCAAUGGAGAAAUGUUAGCAGAAGAGACCGAAGUACCGAUCGACAAAGAUAACCCACUCAAGUGUACGGCGUGCGGUGAAGUAUUCCAGAAUCACUUCCAUUUAAAAACACACUACCAAAAUGUGCAUCUGAAGUUGCACCACAAAUGCAACAUUGACGGCUGCAACGCUGCCUUCCCUUCGAAACGGAGCCGAGAUCGCCACAGUUCAAAUUUGAAUUUACAUCGAAAAUUGCUGUCAACUGGCGACAACCACCACCACGACUCUCUGCCCGAACAUAUGACAACGAAUAGUAUCAAGAGCUUCGACGGCGCUAACAACCCCAACUGCGGCGUAGCCAAUUCAAUUCAAGCUGAAUUUUUGGCUCGACUUUAUGCUGGCUCACAGGGUUUACCUCCAUUGAACUUUGAUGCUCUGAAACAACAUUUACCGGCACCGGUUACAAAUGCACAAAACUUUUCAGAGGCAACUUUUAUGACAGAUCCACGACUUUUACUCAGUCAUCCAAGCAAUCCAUUGCUCUUCCCUGGCCUAACCGGGCUUCCAGGAUUCCCCCACUUAGCACCUCACUUAUUAGCUGCGCCAUUCAAUGGCCUUAAUCCAUUUUGUCGUCGGCCUUCAUCCGAGUCGCACUCGCCGCACUCCACUCCACCACCUUCAAGUACUGUGCGUUCACCACACUGCUCUCCGCACAGCAGCGGACAACAACCGUCUAAAACCUUGUCCGAGCGAUCCUACCAAAAUUCACCAGCGGAUGGCGACGCCAGCACAGGAUCACCGAGCGUCCCCGAAAAAAGCCUUGCGAAAGCGUCGACAGUAAGUGCAACGCAUCUGCUUCCACCCCCACCACAAGGUCAGACGCCCGAUCGAAUGUCAUGACCAUAUGCCACACGCUUUGCCGAAAUGAUUUCUUAUCGACAGUGAUCACUCGACUGCCGAUGUUCAUGUUGCAGGCACACAGUCCGUUGAGCUGCAGUGCAAUAUGCUGUAGCUCAAAGUGGACAGACAUCAACAAUAAACUAGCUUACAGCGAGGAUAAAUAGCUCAAUAAUUUAUUUUACAAGCGUAAGAACACACACACACAAUCACAUAAAUGCACACGAGUAAAAUUUAAUUUAGCCAAUAGUGAGUAUUGAUCAUAGUUUCUAGGGUCCGGGGAAGAUGCACUCUCGUAUAUUUUGCCAAAAGAGAUGGUGAAUUAUAGAAUCACGUAUUAAUCUAGCAAUAAGAAUUGAUCAAAACAAGUACACAGAAAUAUAUAUUCUAUAUAUACUGGUCCUUGAGUGGGUUUCAUUCAAUCUCAUGAAUAAAAAUAUUCCUGCUUCAAACACACACACAUAUGUACGUACAUACAUACAUGUAUCGGAGCUGAAGCUUUCCUAACUUACUACGAAUAGCAAAUAAAAAUUGUUUCCACUUUUUCGAAAGAGCUUUAUCAACUUUUUUUGACAAGAUUCCAAAUGCCUGAAAUUGAAAUUCAUAACUGCAAAAACUAGAAGAAAUUUUGAUAAAAGAAAUCGUUGGCAACUGUGAAAAGUAGGCCUUCGAGGAAACCAAAAACAUUUUCCGCCAUAUGGAUGAUCCACCAAAUUGUAGAAAAUGGAAUUGUUUCAUUGCCCACUCACACACUUGCACAGAUACAUGUAUGUAUAAUUUUAAACAAUUUUGUUCAGUUGAAAUCUGAAAUUGUGUUUGAUGGACCAUAAAUGCUACCAGUAAUUGUUGUGCUUGUACAAUCGACUUGUAAACAGCUUUGUUAAUUAAUAUAUCUACAAAUAAAUACAUAUAUACAAUUAUAUAAUAAAACACAUACAUACGUACAUCAAAUCGUUCGUAUUUAUCAUUUAAUUCGAAAC